AUGCCAGAUCAGCUUCGCUACGACUCACUCGGCUGCAAUGGAAACAAGACCGUAAAAACGCCCAACAUUGACAGCUUCGCAGCCGAAGGCACCCGCUUCACAAACUGCUUCGUCCAAGCCUCCGUCUGCACACAAUCCCGCUGCAGCAUGUUCACAGGAAACUACCCGCACGUCACAGGCCACCGCUCGCUCGAAAACCUCAUCAAGCCGUGGGAACCCAACCUCUUCCGGUCCCUCAAGGAGCGGGGGGGUUACCACGUCGCGUGCCUCGCGCCUAGGGGCGAUACCUUUGCGCCGACGGUGACGGAGCUGUCGCUCGACGAGUACGGGUUCCUCGAGACGCCCGAGUUCGUGCCGAGGUUUGCGGGUGGUGGGAGGGCGGAGCCGGACGAUAAAGAAGAUAUUUGGAAGAGGUUGUUUUAUAAGGGGUUGAGGAACAAUGAGGAGGCGAUGGAUUAUGAUGAUGCUGUUGUGAGGGGGGCGUUGAAGUGGUUGGAGUGUCCGCCGACGGAUACGCCUUGGGUGUUGUUUAUGCCGCUUAUUUUCCCGCAUUGUCCUUUUCAGGUAGAGGAGCCGUAUUUUUCGAUGUAUGAUCGUGGGGAGAUGGGUGUGCCUACGAGGCCGGAGGACAAGACCGGCUACGAGCCACGCUAUAUGCAGCUCAACCGCGAGCGGUACGGCACCCACCGCGCGACGCCCGAGAUCUGGGCCGAGGUGAUGGCGACGUACUACGGCAUGAUCUCCCGUCUCGACGACCAAUUCGGGCGCGUCGUGGAAAAGACAAAGGCACUGGGCCACUGGGACUCAACGGUGACGCUGUUUUUCACAGACCACGGGGAGUACCUCGGCGACCACGGCAUGAUUGAAAAGUGGCCUUCAGGCCUCUCGGACUCGCUGACCCACGAGCCGCUCCUCGUCGGCGGCUGCGGGCUGCCGCGGGGCGUGGUGUACGAUGAGAUGGCGGAGAUGGUGGACCUGGUCCCGACGGUACUGCAGUUCGCCGGAGUCGGUGAGCAUUUCCCCCACUGCGGUGUCUCGCUCGCGGACGUGUUAACCUACGCCGGAACGGACGCCGAGACGGGGGCCACGAAAGCCCACAAGGAGUUUGCGUUUACGGAAGGCGGGUUCCUGACGAGCGAGGAGCCGUUGUUGGAACAGGCGCCGUAUCCGUACGAUAUCAAGGCGGCGCUGCAGCACGAGGAUACGACGAUUGUGGGCAAGAGCGUGUCGUGCCGGGAUAAGAAGUGGACGUUUGUGUAUCGGCUGUACGAGCCGGCGGAGUUAUAUAAUCGGAAUGGGGAUCCCGGGGAGCUGCAUAAUUUGGCCGAGGUGGCGGAGUAUCAGGAGGUGAGGAGGCGGAUGGAAGGGGUUGUGUUAAGGUGGAUGGUGGCGAGUAGUGAUUUCUUGCCGUGGCAGAAGGAUCCGAGGUUUCCUGCUGUGGAGAUGGAGAGUGUUGCGGAUCAGUUUAGGAGACGGGGUGGGCACUUGGAGAAGGAUGUUAAGGGUUGA